CCUCCUGCCGCCGGGAUCGCGGGCACCUCCAGCCGAUCGCUGGGAAGGGUUUCCAGAAGGUGGGAAAUGUCACCUGAUUCACACUGAACUUUUAAAAGCUCCCCGCCCCCCAGGAGCCGCGCACACCGCGCGCGGCCGCCCGCCCGCUGCCCCACACCCCGGGAGACCGCCCACCGCACGCCCGGAGACCCCGGCCGCAUUUAAGCGCGGCGGCGCCCGGCUCCCGACGUCCAUUGAAGCGCGCGGCGGCCGGCGGCGAGCGCGGGGCUGCGCCAGGAUCGCUGCGCCCUCCGCCGCCCGCCUCUGCGCCCGCCCGGGCCCCCGCCGCUGCUCGCCCCGCGCCUCCCCCGAGAUGGGCCGCUCCCGGCACCCGCCCGGCGGGCUCUGCCUGCUGCUGCUGCUGCUCUGCCAGUUCCUGGAGGACCGCAGCGCCCAGGCCGGGAACUGCUGGCUGCGCCAGGCCCGGAACGGCCGCUGCCAGGUGCUGUACAAGACGGAGCUGAGCAAGGAGGAGUGCUGCGGCACCGGCCGCCUCAGCACCUCGUGGACCGAGGAGGACGUCAACGACAACACGCUCUUCAAGUGGAUGAUUUUCAACGGGGGCGCCCCCAACUGCAUCCCCUGCAAAGAAACGUGCGAGAACGUGGACUGUGGGCCCGGGAAGAAAUGCCGCAUGAACAAGAAGAACAAACCCCGCUGCGUCUGCGCCCCGGACUGCUCCAACGUCACCUGGAAAGGCCCGGUCUGCGGCCUGGAUGGCAAAACCUACCGCAACGAGUGUGCGCUCCUCAAGGCCAGGUGCAAAGAGCAGCCCGAGCUGGAGGUCCAGUACCAGGGCAAAUGCAAAAAGACCUGCCGGGAUGUCUUCUGUCCAGGAAGCUCCACGUGUGUGGUAGACCAGACCAAUAACGCCUACUGUGUGACCUGUAACCGGGUCUGCCCAGAGCCCCCCUCCUCGGAACAGUACCUGUGUGGCAACGACGGGGUGACCUACUCCAGCGCCUGUCACCUGCGGAAGGCAACCUGCCUCCUGGGCAGGUCCAUCGGACUGGCGUACGAGGGAAAGUGUAUCAAAGCAAAGUCCUGUGAGGACAUCCCCUGCAGUGGUGGGAAGAAGUGUCUAUGGGACUUCAAGGUUGGCCGAGGCCGGUGCUCCCUGUGCGACGAGCUGUGCCCGGAGAGCAAGUCCGAGGAGCCCGUCUGUGCCAGCGACAAUGCCACCUACGCCAGCGAGUGCGCCAUGAAGGAGGCCGCCUGCUCCGCGGGCGUGCUGCUGGAAGUGAAGCACUCCGGACCUUGCAACUGAUCUGCCCGUAAAACCUGAGCCAUUGAUUCUUCAGAACUUUCUGCAGUUGUUGACUUCAUAGAUUAUGGUGGUGUUUUUUUGUUUUUGUUUUUGGUGGUUUUUUUUUUUAAGUAUUUAAAAAAAAAACGUGUUGCAGAAGAGCAGGUGCCAAAAAUAAAAUAUUAAAAUAAAAUAAAGCAUCUCCCUGCGAGUCACGUACAAGUCACCGCUGUAAAGUGGCUGGCAGAGGGCUUGGCCACGUACCCUGAGCUGCUCUGCGCUGGUGUUGUCCGCAUUAAACAGCAGCUCCCUGUGUUCCCCCAUCUAGCCAUUUCGGAAGACACCGAGGAAGAGGAGGAAGACGAAGAUCAGGACUACAGCUUCCCCAUAUCUUCCAUUCUAGAGUGGUAAAGCCGCCAGCAGUGUUCAGUGUUGGCCUAGCCUCUGGGCAGAAAACAAAAAGGAAAGAAAGAAAGAAUAUAUAUUGUCCAUACUGUACAUAAGUGUAUGCUUAUUUAUUUGGGGGGAAAGUAUCCAUAGAGGACCUUGGUCCUCCAGCUCUCUCCCAGGCCACCUGUCACUCCUCGGACCCAGAGGGGCCGCCUUGUGAGGUCUGCUGGAUGAGGCCCGUCGUCGAGACGUGUAGACAUUUAUUUAUACUGUGUCAUGUUUUAUAAUUUAUACAUAAAAUGUCUGGUUGACUGUACACCUUGUUUUUGAAGAAAUUUAUUCGUGAAAGGAAGAGCAGUUGUUAUUUAUUGUGAGGUCUCUUGCUUGUAAAGUGAAAGCUUUGUUUGCCUUGUAAACCAUGAAACCAUUCCUUCCCGGUCACGCACUCCCCCGCCCGCCCCCUCCGUCGCGCCGUCCGCAGGCCCCGCUCCACUUGAACGCACUUGCAUGUCGGUGUGUCCUGUUUAUUUAUUGGAUUCUCUGCUGCCUGUUCUGUACGUACACGAUCCCUCGGGUUUUGUUUACAAGGAAUCUUGACUGACCAAACGGCAUUGUAACUGGCUCCGACCGGAGGUACAGGGGCGCCAGCUUUGAGGAAACUCCUGCUUCAGUUCUCCGGUUGCGACGGAGACGGUUGCGAGACUGAGGUGAUGGCGACCUGAGACUUCCAAUAAUCAGUACUUUUAAGAUGUUCCAGAUCCAAAGAAAUGGAGUGAUGGGUGUCGGGGGGCUGCCCGAGGGGGUGUUGCACACUCGACUUUUGUUGGGUGCUUCCUGGAAGCUGGGCUCCUGUACCUUUAAAUUCGUUCUUUUUCAACCAGUGUGUCACUACACGUUAUGGCAGAGCUUUCUCAGUUCAAGUUUCUUGCUUUUCAUAAUACUUUUUUUCUGAUGCAAUUUUAUAUUUUCAAACAUGGCAAGUUAAAUAAAAAUUCAUUUAAAUAUAUAGUUUUGUACUUUUCUACCAUGUAAAUGUGCAAUGUAUAUAAAAGUUAUAAUGUGUAUUUGUAAAUAAAUGAUGAGUGAAAAAAUAAAAAAAUUUUAAAAAGCCAAA